AUCCCCAUUUAAAUAUAUUCCGGUUCAAAUGAUUGGCAAACAGCUGCUAUCAUAAAGCACUUCCAAAAUACAGCUCUUUUCUCAAUAAAAAUAGAGGCUUCCAUAACCCAAACCCAUAUCUCUGUUCACCUUGAGAACGACAAGAUGAAUUUCGGCCAUGACGGAAUCCCUGCAGAAAGCGGGCUGUCUCCGAAUCAAGAGGGUUAUAUCCCCGUAGAGUCUCCGAUUUAUUAUACAGAUUCAGAAACUAGUCCUUUACACAGUGAAGAAGUUUCUCACAGGGCUUCCUCAGGGUUGACCAAUCGCAACCCCAGUCCCCCGGGUAUCUUAACGCAAGUGCUGGACGGUUCAGAAAAUCUAAACCUGUAUCGUAACUGGCAAAAUCUACAAACCCCUCCUCUCUCUGAGAUCAGUGUCCAGUAUUCUCCGGCGCACUCUGAGAACUGUGUUCAGUAUUCUUCGGCGACCCCUCGGAGCGGUGUGCAGUAUUCUCUAGCGUCCUCUUUUUCUAACAGGUGGUCGCCUUUGUCGGCGCCACUUCACUCUGAACACGGAUAUCGGCCUAUAAACCAUUAUUCCCUCCAUCCUGAACACCAAUGGAGACAUCGACAAAGACUGGAGCGGCUGACAGCACGACUUCGCCAAUUACUGGUGGAAUUUGUAGAACUGGAGGCUCCUGUGUACAACUCCACACCCGAAAUGUGUUUAGACUUGAUGCAUAUGAAUGCCUUUUACAUCCAUCUAACCCAUAAAUAA